AUGGUCCUUGGUAUUCGCCCAUCCUUGACAAUGCUAUUGUGGCCUGACACUGUCUCAGGCGAUAUUGCCCCCGCGAAGAUCCAAGUCAUGUCUCAAGGUGAACGUUUGUAUUGGCAAUCUUCCCGCCUUGCAGUCGUAGUGUAUUGUUUCUUUUGUGCAGUUGACAGGCACAGACUGAACAAAAGUUUGCCGGCGUUUGGCUGCCCAGCUGGGCGGAUGACUUUGGUCAACGGACAUGGCUGGAUUCUGCGCUCGGUUUCUCCUAAUAAGCUAAUGCACUUGGCAUCGUGA